CGUACUUUUUGUUGAAAGAAGGAAUGGGAAAGAAGGCAUGGCCAAGACGUUAUUCCCCCAGCUUUGAUGUGCCAAAUUAGCUAGCAGUACUACUGGAUCUAUUAUCCAAGUCGUCAUGACCAACGCUGCCCCACAAACAUGACUCUUUUUAUCUACUUUCCUUUCCUCCAAAGUCUCAACUUUCUCUCCCAACCCUAGCUUUCCUUGUAUAAACUCCACUCAAAAAACUCCAAUUCCUUCAGUACUGAUCAUCUCGAUCGAUCUAUCUCUUUGUCUCAUUAAUUAAGCGCCACUAACCAAGGCACACAGUUUAAGAUAUCAUCAAAGUUAGCUCGAAGGAUGUCGGACUGGGGUCCAGUGUUUGUGGCUACGGUGCUGUUUGUGCUGUUAACUCCGGGUAUGCUUUUCCAAGUGCCUGGGAGCCAUGGCUGCGUCGAGUUUGGCAACUUUCAGACCAGUGGUGCAUCCAUACUGAUCCACUCCCUCCUCUACUUUGCUCUCAUUGGCAUCUUUUUGCUGGUCAUUAAGGUUCACUUGUACAUUUAUUAAUACCCCCAACCAACGAUAAUGCCGCGGUGUUAAUCGCUAGCAGCUUGUUACAUGCAUAAGCUAAGUCAUGUGUUAAUUCUUGCUAGCUAGUAAUAAUAUUGAGAAGGGUUCUUGAUUUGAAUCCUCGAAUCAUGUGUCUACGUACGUAUUUUGUAAUAUUAUAACAUGAUUAAUUUGUGUAGUUAGCUUCCUUGUAUUAUCGAUAUUCCGUGACGACUUGUGCUCAAGUUGAAUCUAAAAUCUGCAAAUCCAAAUUCCAUUGAAUCCAAAA